ACCCCCAACUUUUUAAACACACUCACCACCAACCCAUCAGAUAAACAGAGAGAGAGAGAUAAAGAAGAGCACACGUGUGAAACUAACUUACCAAUUUGCAAUGGCGUCAAUGACCAUUACAUCUCCAUUUCUCCCGACCGUCUCAAAGCUUCCGGUAAACAUCUCAGGCAACAACAGAAGAAGCCUCACAGUGGUCAAAGCCUCCAUGAGCGACAACACAACUAGCUUGGAGAACAAGGAGCAAGAACAGGGUAUGAAGAUGAGGAGGGAUCUGGUGUUUACUGCUGCAGCUGCGGCUGUAUGUUCCUUAGCUAAGGUGGCAAUGGCGGAUGAUGAGCCAAAGAGAGGAACAGAGGCUGCCAAGAAGAAGUAUGCUCCUGUCUGUGUCACUAUGCCUACGGCCAGGAUAUGCCGUAACUAAGUUCUCUAUUUAGCCAGCGACACUUCAUAUACCUAUGUAUUUAUGCCAGUUAAACUUUUCUCAGUGUGGUUUGUAAUGAUCAUAGUUUCGAUCAAAUCUAUAAAAACCCUUUUGAAUCA